AUGUGUCAGCAGUUCUUGCAAGACAAAGAUGUUAAUGCUGUGGACAGGCCCGCCCAUUUCCCAGACCUGUAUCCAAUUGAGCACAUCUGGGACAUCCUGUCUCACUCUAUCCUCCAGCACCAUGUUGACCAGGAGUUGGUGGCAUCAUUGUUGAAAAAACAUGGAUACAAGGUGAUAAAAGAAUGUAAACCAGGUUUAUCAGGAAAGGUGUUUCUGGUGAAGAACAAGGAUGAAGAUCUCUGUAUAAUCAAAGAGAUUAACUGUAGAGAUGCGACGAAUCUUGAAAAAGUCCAAAAGGAAGUUGAGAUCUUGAAGACCCUAAAGCAUGGAUAUAUAGUUACUUAUGUGGAGUCAUUUGAAGACAAGGCUGGAUUCUUUUAUAUUGUGAUGGAGUAUUGUGCAGGAGGAGAUCUUGGCAACAGGAUGAACAUACAAAAAGUGAAAUCAUUUUUUGAAGAAGAACAGAUUCUUGACUGGCUGGUUCAGAUUUGUCUGGCCCUGCAGUACAUUCAUGAGAAGAAUGUUCUUCACAGAGAUUUAAAACCUCAGAAUAUUUUCUUGACUGAAGAAGGCUACAUCAACAUAGGUGAUUUUGGAUGCUCAAAAGUGUUGGACAGAGCUGAUGCAUACGCACAAUCAGCUGUGGGAACAGAUCUCUAUUUUAGUCCAGAAGGUUAUGAGAAUAAAUAUAACUCCAAAAGUGACAUAUGGGCAUUGGGAUGGCUGCUCCAUGACCUCUGCAUGCUGGACAUUUGGGCUGAUAUUAAGAAGCGUCGCUUUAACCAUGCCCUCAGUAUAAAUGGAACAAUUCCCCACAUCUCAGAAAGAUACUCAAAGGAAUUACGAAAACUGAUCAGCCAAAUGCUCAGCUGUGACCCUAAAGACAGACCUUCAGCUGCAGAGAUCCUCACAAGACCAUUCCUGACUGAGACAGUAAAGAGAAACAAGAAAAUUCCAGAAGUGCUGGAACAAAGCUUAAAGAAGUCCAUCAAUGCUUUUGUCAAGGCCUAUAAUGAUCAGUAUAAAAAUUUUGAGGCUUUAGUUAAAGAGUGGGGGGAAACAACAGAUUCACUAGAGGAUAUGCAUUAUAAAGCCACAGCAGGCAGUCUGUCAGGAGCAGUGAUCGGGACUGCAGGAGGAGUCGCUGCAGUGGCUGGUGCAAUUCUGGCACCUUUCACUCUUGGAGCAUCUCUGUUGGUAACUGCUGUAGGUGUUGGAGUUGGAGCUGCAGGUGGAAUAACAGGUGCUGCCUCCAACAUUACAGACUCAGUAAAGCAAAAAUCAUAUCGCGAGAAUCUUGAACAAAUUGAGCAGAAGUAUAAAAGUUCAAGUGAACCAAUCCUCAAUACUCUGAACAAACUGAGAGGUGUGCUCGGAAAAAUUUCCAAGUUCUCUAUUUUUGCAAGAAACGUACAUUCUGACAACACAAAACCAGCAUGGGAGAUCGGCAAAGGUGCAGCAGAUUGUGCCACUGGAGCAAUGAGUCUGGCUAUGCUGGCAAAUGUGGGCAGGAUUGCUCUUCAGGCUUCGAAAAUAGGACGAGCAGUAGCUGCAGCGUCAGGCGUGUUGAGUGGAAUAUUAGUUGUUGUUGAUGUCAUCUUCAUAGUGAAAGAUGCCAAAGAGAUUCAUGAGAUGAGAAAGAACUGGAGAAAUGAUGAUCCAGAAAAGGUCAAAUCCAGUGUGCUGAAGUCAAUUGCACAGAUGAGGAAAACACACAAAGAGCUCUGCAAAGUCUUGGAGGACAUCAAAGGAUUUAGAGAGGAACUAAAAAAAUACACUGGUCAGUAGUGACAGAGAUGUGGGCAGAGAUUUAGAGAGCAAAACAUAUAACUAUGAUGCAACGGAUGCAUCAUGAUUUUUUAUUUUUUUUUUUGCAAAAGAGGAGUAUGCAGAAAUCAAAUUCAUUUACUGUAAUAAGCAAAGAAACAAAUCAAGCAUGAUGCAUGGGCUUGGGCUUUAGAGAUUGUUUUAAUGCAAUAUGUUUGCUACUAUCUACUUUAAUGCAUUGGCUUUCUAAUAUUUCUAAUAAUUCUGUUUAUCUUAAAUAUAAAGAAGAAUGUUAUGUUGUAUCUUUGCUGUAAUGUAGAAUUAGGGUCACAAUUUCUGUAUUAUUCAAAUGUAUUGCUAUUUUCUCCAGUUUUAUUAAUGACACAUUGCUUAAUUUCUGUCACAGAUCUGAAUCUUAAUGAAAACACAGAGCAUAUAAAACUGUUGUAGUUGUGUGAUGUGUGAAGUUACAAAAAAGAAACAAAAUUUUGUAUGAAAACCCAUGUACUUUG